AUGAACAAGAUGUCAGAAGGUGCCCGUGAAUGGGAGACAUUCAAAUAUGAUUCUUUCCACAUUCCCAAUGCCGUGUUCAACAGCCCCGACCGACCGAUCCCCUUUUCUUCCAUCUCGUCGUCUCCGGACACUGGCCUCACUUCCUUUGCGCAGCUCGGUGCCUUGAGACUGAACGCAUCCCGCGCUCUUAUCUCGUUAUUCGAUCGCCAGCAUCAAUACAUCGUCGCCGAGGCUACUCGGUCCAUGCCCCUGUCACCAAACACCAAGUACACAAAGCAAAACCAUCUUUGGCUAUGCGGGACGGCCAUCCCUCGCGACUUUGGGAUCUGCGAACAUGUUUUGGUCGGAGCGACUCACGCAAGACCCGACAGUCUCUACCCGACAGCUCAUGUAAUCGAUGAGAACGAACUUCCCGUGUCCGUAGUUCCGGAUCUUGCGGCUGACCGGCGAUUUUGUAACCGCCCUUACAUCGAUGCAGCGCCAUACAAUCGAUUUUAUGCAGGUGUCCCUAUCCGGUCUCCCAAAGGCAUCAACAUUGGUGUAUACUGCAUUUUUUCCGACACCCCGAGAUCUGGUCUCGUCGCCGAGGAGAUGCAGUUUUUGCGGGAAAUUUCCCAGACCGUAAUGGAAUACCUCGACGCCAGGAGAGUAAAUGAGAGCUAUCGCCGAAGCGAGCGCAUGGUACAAGGAUUGGGAAAUUUCAUCGAAGGUAGAGACGAUCCAGUGCCGACUGCGAGAACCACGCCUCGAGCGUCUUUGAACGGAUUCGAGCCUCCCAGACUUGCAGUAUCACUACCCGAGGCGGACCCGCCGUCACGUAGAUCUUCCGAAUCCCCUGAACCCGUUCGCCCGGGCAUCAACCCGAUCAGGUCAGACUCGAAUGAGUCUUCUUCCAAAGUCGAAUCGAGCGACUCAGUCGAAACAAGUGCCUCGACUGCGACAGUAGCUACUACCACCUCAAGUACGGCGCCGCCCGACCCGCACUUGACAGAAACCAUCAAGAUCUUCUCGCGGGCCGCCAAUGUGAUCAGAAAGUCUCUCGAAGUAGAUGGCGCCUUGUUCCUGGAUGCGAGUAUCGGCUCCUUUGGUGGCCUAGUUACCGGUCCACGAAAAGCCAGUGAAGUGGCAGACCGCACAUUCUCCAGCAGCGAAGACAGUCUUUCCGAGAGGUCCGAAGACGUCAACGAUAAAUGGUGUAAGAGCUUUGGAAGGUCGUCGACCAUGGACGACAUUGCCAACGGCAUAAGUGCUCCACAGUUGGACCGUUUGACUUUGCGAGAAAAAUUCCUUAGGAAAUUGCUUCGUCGAUACCCCAACGGCAAGGUGUUCAGCUUCGACGAGACGGGUCAAUGGUUGUCCGCUGACUACGAAAGCGACGAUGCCGACAUCACCCCUACAGAAGAGCACGAUCAAACCGCCGCCCGCCCCGAACAAAAGGCGGCUCAUUCGUACUUUACGAGGCGAAAUGAGGCCAAGACCAUCAUCGACAUCUUCCCGGGUGCUCGGAGUGUAGCUGUGGUACCGUUGUGGGACCCUUCAAAAGAAAGAUGCUUUGCCGGAGGUUUCGUUUGGAGUAAAAGUGCGACUCGGAUAUUGACACCUGCAGCGGACCUGCCUUUUUUGCGAGCGUUCGGGAUGGUCACCAUGUCUGAGGUUAUCAGACUAGAUGCUGUCUUGGCAGAAAAGGCAAAGACUGACAUCUUGGGCUCCCUCAGUCACGAGCUUCGGUCCCCGCUUCAUGGUGUAGUUGCUGCUGCUGAGCUUCUUCAUGAUACCCAGUUGGAUGCUUUCCAGGUCGAUGUCAUUCACACUAUCGAGAUUUCGGGCAAGACUCUUCUCGACACUAUCGAUCACUUGCUUGACUACACCAAGGUCAAUACUUUUUUGCGGGCAUCCAAGUCCCAGCGGAAAAACAACGGUCCUGGGCGCGGGUUGCGACAAGAAGCAUCAACAUCAAUCGAAGCUGGUAUGAUGAGCUUGGUUUCCGACGUCCACCUUGACUUGCUUGUCGAAGAGGUCAUUGAGAGCGUCUUCAUCGGUUACAGCUUCCAUCACAUGGUCGCCAACUCGUUGGCACGCCACGGCUCGUCUUCAGGUCCUCCAACACCGGCUCAAGAAAAGCUGGAUGCCAUUGCCACGUCCGAUGGGUUGGGCCACAGGCGGAAACUAUCAGAUGUGCCGGUUACCAAUCUUAAAGAUGUUAAGAUCCUUGUCGACAUCGAUCCGCAAUGCGCGUGGGUAGUGCAUACGAACCCGGGAGCUAUUCGUCGGAUUGUCAUGAACUUGUUUGGAAAUGCCCUCAAGUACACGUCUCAGGGAUUCAUCAAGGUUCAUCUCAGGCAAGAGGAGGUCGUGCACAAGACGUCUAGGUCUGCAUCGAUGGUUGUGCUCACCGUCACCGACUCGGGUAAAGGCAUCACCGAAGAGUUUCUACACAACAAGCUCUUUACCCCGUUCUCUCAGGAAGACGCACUCGCACCAGGUACUGGUCUGGGUCUCAGCCUUGUCAGACAGAUUGUGGCGGGACUCGGUGGUACGAUCAGUGUGAAGAGCCAGGUCAACCACGGCACGAGCAUAACCGUAUCGAUGCCGCUGGUGCUGUCACGGAAGGCGAGUAGCCGGGGGCGCAAAUUCUCUGCCGACUUGGACGCCCUGGCCGGAACACGACUCUCGGUAUGUGGAUUCAGCAGGGGGCUCGAAGAUUCAGAAGAGCUUCGCGCCGGUGGCCUGGAUCUUCCCGUAGAGAGCCUGCCAUUCAAGUGGAUGGAUCUCAAGCUCAACGAAGACAGCCGAAAGGCGUCCAGGACGGAUUUGAUGGUUUGUAGCGAGGAUGCAUUCAGGCGUCUUGGUUUGUCGGAGACCGGGGGUGUCGAAACCCCGCUCGUUGUAGUCUGCGGCAACGCCGAAGCCGCGCAGAAACUAGCGACUUCAUACAGACGCUCCCUACGCCAUGAGGCCGUCAUGGAGUUUAUAGCCCAGCCUACUGGUCCCAGAAAGGUUGCAAAAGCCCUAGCAUAUGCGCUUGAUCGCUGGAAGCGGCGGCAGCCUACGAAGUUGAUACCCGUCAGUCCUCUGUCGGAUGCUUUCCCGGGACCUGCUCCGUCGCCCCGCGCCCUGAAGUCGGAUGCUCUUCUGACAAGGCCGCGAGCGCAAUCCGAGUCUUUGAAAAUGGUACGAGUGGCCUCGCCUGCUCCCGACAUCGUGUCUCAAUCACCAGGAGACAGCUGGAUCGCCAAUACGAACGAUUCCAAUUUUACCCUGACACUCCCCUUUCGCCCGGUCGCAUCGGCAGCGGCUCCAACCACUUCGACAGCUUCAGCUAGGGGCAGUAUGAACUCGAGCAUCAGCCCUUCCCCUGGACCUGUUAAGUCCCCGCUGGAGUUCCUCUUGGUGGACGACAAUCCGAUCAAUCUGAAGAUUCUAUCGGCGUACAUGAAGAGACUUCAAAAGCGGCAUGCCACUGCUUCCAACGGCCUGGAGGCCUUGCAGACUUAUACGUCUCAUCCGCAGAGAUUUUGCUGCAUUCUCAUAGAUAUAACAAUGCCUGUCAUGGACGGGCUCGAAGCUACAAGGCGCAUCAGAAAAUUCGAGCGAGCACACAACCUCCCUUCCGUGACGGUUAUUGCCAUUACGAGUCUGGGAUCGGCUGGUGCUCGACAAGAGGGUUUCGCGAGCGGUAUGGAUCUAUUCUUGACACGACCAGUGACCAUGACAGAACUGGUCAAAAUUUUGAAACAGAGGAAACUAGUGGAUGAGGCGGCGGAAAAGGAGGUUCAAUCCUGA